CCGGGGGGGGCCAUGGAGUUCCCCUUCGAGCUCGGGCCGGUGCUCGGGGAGCGAUUCUUCGUCGUGGAUCAAAACCUACGGCCCGCGGGGCGCGGGGGGGGCGGACACAGGGGGGACCUGGAGCAGCAGCUGCGGACGGUGAUCGAUGAGCUGGGCAAGGCCUCGGCCAAGGCCCAGGGCCUCCCCACGCCCGUGACCAGCGCGGCCCGAAUGGAGAGCAACAGACAUGUCCUGUACAUCCUGAGAGACCCCCGGACCCCCAAAGGUGCCGUCAUCGGGUUCCUCAAGGUGGGCUACAAGAAACUUUUCCUGAUGGACCGGGCCGGCAGCCACGUGGAGGUGGAGCCUCUCUGUGUCCUGGAUUUUUACGUGCACGAGUCCCUGCAGAGACACGGCCACGGCAGGGAGCUCUUCCAGCACAUGCUGCAGAGCGGCGGGUGCCCCGAGCGCUUGGCCGUGGAUCGACCCUCGGAGAAGCUCCUGGGAUUCCUCCGGAAGCACUACGGGCUCUGCCAGCCCAUCCCCAGGUCAGGGGAAUUUGGGGGGGCAAACAAUUCCGUCAUCUUGAGGUUUUUCUCCAACCGAACGGCCCCCAUCGGGCGCGGCCCUCCCCGGCGGCCGCAGGAGGAGCCCAUCAAGCCCUACUCCAGCUCCGACCGCGACUUCCUGCGUGAGGAGGCGGAGCCUCCGUGGCCCUUCAACCUGUCCCUGGCCCGCGGGGGGGUCUCGGGGUCCCGGUCCGGGGGAGCCUCCGGCCCUUCCUGCUGCGCCGGGACCCCCGAGCGC